AUGACGAUCACCAGCUUGGAGAGUAACCAAUGCUACACUGUUGGCUGGAUCGCAGCUCUCCCCAACGAGCGCGCCGCCGCCACAAAGAUGCUCGAAGUCAUCCAUGAAAGACCCCGCGACUUUACCAAAGUAAACAACGACCCCAACGCCUACAGCUGGGGAAGUAUCGGCAAACACAACGUCGUCAUCGCGUCUUUGCCCGCUGGCGUCUACGGAAAGGUAUCAGCCACGACGACCGCGUCAUACAUGCUCGCGUCUUUCCCUAACAUCCGAAUCGGUCUCCUGGUUGGCAUCGGGGCAGCAGUGCCCGAGAGCAAGGAUAUUCGCCUUGGAGAUGUGGUCGUUAGCCAGCCCGAUGGUACCAGUGGCGGAGUGGUGCAAUAUGACCUCGGCAAGCUCAGGCCCAAUGGCACUUUCGAACGCAAAGGGUCACUGAAUGCUCCUCCGACGGCUCUGCUUUCAGCGCUUAGCCUGAUCCAAUCAAAUCACCAAACUCGAAACAACUACAUAGCUCAAUACGUCGAGGAAAUGCUCGAGAGAAAUCCUUACAUGCGCGACCCCGAUGAUGAUGAGAUGAUGCCGUAUGGGCGCCCGGAUUCUACUAGCGAUAAGCUAUUCGAGGACUGUUACAACCACGUUGGGCCGGAUAGCUGUUGCUGCUGCGACACUGGGUAUCUCAAGUCGCGCAAGCCGCGAAGGACCACCGCGCCGCGGAUCUUCUACGGGGUCAUUGCUUCCGGCGACAAGGUUGUUAAAGAUCCGACGGCCCGGAAAGCCAUUAUCGAGGACGCUGGGGAGAGAUGCUUCUGUAUUGAGAUGGAGGCAGCGGGGUUGAUGAACAGCUUCCCUUGCCUUGUCAUUCGGGGCAUUUGUGAUUACGCAGACACGCAUAAGAACGACCUCUGGCAUAACUACGCGGCCUCGACCGCUGCUGCGUAUGCGAAGGAGUUUCUGCAGGGGAUUGACGCCGGCGAUGUGGACAAGACACCGAAGGCAACCGAUACAGUGAAGGGUUAG